CCUGCUCGCAGACCGCGCCUGCGCCCCUGCUUCCUUCCCCCAGCCGAGGUUUCACCAAUCCGGGCUUUGGCUCCACCAUCCCCGGCGUCCCAACAGGCCAGCAGCGGCGCUAACAAGUCUCCCCUCGCGGUCCAUCCGAUGGGGAAGUGAGACUCGGUGGCUUGGAGUGCUUGGCUGCUGAGAAGCCGUGAGGAAGUUGAGGAGUGACCUGACGGAACCGGACCGCACCGCACCGGACCGGGCGCCUCUCCGCGGAGACACAUCCGACACUUGGUGUUGUUGAGUCGGCUAAAAAGGAUGGAGAGAAAGCGUCCUGGCAUGCCGUCUGGGGCGAGGAUGCCCCACCAGGGAGCUCCCAUGGGCCCCCCCGGUCCGCCGUACGGAGGGAACCCGGCGGUGCGGCCCGGCCUGCCCUCCCCAGUGAUGGAGGCCAGUCGCAAGAGGCCCGCCCCCUCCCAGCAGGUCCAGCAACAGCAGCAGCAGCAGCAGCAGCAACAGCAGCAGCAGGCCGUCCAGAACCGGGCCAGAAAGAAGCCGCUUGGAUUCCCUGGAGCCAGCGAGAUGCCGACGAGGCCCAUGGACUUGCGAGAGCCCCAAUCAGAUCCCACGCUCGGAUCAAAUGCUAAGAGGAGGAAAAUGGCAGACAAGAUUCUUCCGCAAAGGAUCCGCGAGCUGGUUCCCGAGUCCCAGGCCUACAUGGACCUGCUGGCCUUUGAGCGCAAACUGGACCAGACCAUCAUGCGCAAACGCGUGGACAUCCAGGAGGCGCUGAAGCGUCCCAUGAAGCAGCAGAAGCGCAAACUGAGGCUGUACAUAUCCAACACCUUCAAUCCGGCGCGGCCCGACGCCGACGACUCCGACGGCAGCAUCGCGUCGUGGGAGCUGCGAGUGGAGGGCAAGCUGCUGGACGACCCGGGAAAACAGAAGAAGAAGUUCUCCUCGUUUUUUAAGAGCCUGGUGAUCGAGCUGGACAAAGACCUCUACGGUCCUGACAACCACCUGGUGGAGUGGCACCGCACAGCCACGACGCAGGAAACAGACGGCUUCCAGGUGAAGAGGCCUGGAGAUGUGAGCGUGCGUUGUACGCUGCUGCUGAUGCUGGACUACCAGCCCCCUCAGUUCAAGCUGGACCCCCGGCUUGCACGCCUGCUGGGCAUCCACACUCAGACGCGCUCGUGCAUCAUCCAAGCGCUGUGGCAGUACGUGAAGACCAACAAGCUGCAAGACUCCCACGACAAGGAGUACAUCAACUGUGACAAGUACUUCCAGCAGAUUUUCGACUGUCCCCGACUGAAGUUCUCAGAGAUCCCUCAGCGCCUCACCAACCUCCUGCUGCCCCCCGACCCCAUCGUCAUCAACCACGUCAUCAGCGUGGACCCCAACGACCAGAAGAAGACGGCCUGCUACGACAUUGACGUAGAGGUGGAAGACCCCCUGAAGAGCCAGAUGAGCAGCUUCCUCCUGUCCACCGCCAACCAGCAGGAAAUCGCCACGCUGGACAACAAGAUCCACGAGACCAUCGAGUCCAUCAACCAGCUAAAGAUCCAAAGGGACUUCAUGCUCAGCUUCUCCCGAGACCCCAAAGGCUACAUCCAGGACUGGCUCAAGUCCCAGAGCAGAGACCUCAAGUUAAUGACAGACGUGGUGGGGAACCCCGAGGAGGAGCGCAGGGCGGCCUUUUAUCAUGAGCCCUGGUCCCAGGAGGCGGUCAGCCGCUACUUCUACUGUAAGAUCCAGCAGAGGAGGCAGGAGCUGGAGCAGGCCUUGGCAGUCCGCAACACCUAAACAGAGACCCUCUGCAGUCGUGUGUGUGUGUGUUUGGGUAUAUGUGUUUGUGGCGCAGAUGUCCGCCGAGGCCAAACAAGUCUAAUUUACAACAUUAGGUACACCGGCACUGCAUCAUACUAAGAGCUGUUUCUAAUAUCCCACCCAUUAUGUAGCUAAAUAAUGUCAUUGAUGUGAGAAACAGUGCUCCAUAUGAUUCAGUCAUUGAAAUAAAAAAACACAAUCACAAUAAUUAACAUAUUGUUACAUUUAUACAUCUUUAUAAAGACAGACGUUAACGAGGGUCGUUGCAGUUCCACGUAAAUCCUCUAGGCGUCGGUAGUGCUCGUUUUAAGCUUUUGCCAACUGUCAAAAGUAGAAGACGUUUCUAGCCUCUACGACCUGGACUGGGAUGCUAAAAACGGUGAUUAAAAAAAGUAGGCUUCUCUUUAAUCUAUUAAUUAUUAUUACGUGACAUUAUAUGUGCCAAAAAAGUCGGCACAGAGGUACACAUUUACACGCAACAACAGCGUUCGUAACAUGUUUUUCGCCGACCUGGACAGCCAUUUUGCGCAGGCGCGGUGAGGGGUAAAGCGCCCCUCCCAACUAUUAAAAGGGAAAAUAAUAAAUAAAGGGUGUCACGAAACAUAACUUGAUUUAGUGCAGGUUAUGAAAGAAAUCCAGCCUGCGCUUGUGUAUUUGGGCUAAGAGGGUACGUGUGUUUUUGUCAUGUUUGAAAGUAAUAACACCAGCACUGAAUGCAGCUAUCCGCAUACUCCGUGUUCCUAAACCAAUCAGAAGACUUCCAAAGCGUUUCACUUACUUUUCCCACAUCAGUGUUAUGCAAAUCAACUGAAGUAUUGAUCCUCUUCAACCAGUCAUAGCAUUGAAAAGUGAUUGGCUGGUGUUGUGUCAUGAAGAGAGUGUUUACCAAAGGUUCAUCGCUAAAGCAGAAAUGGGCAAAUAUCACACCUGGGCUACAAAAUGUGUACCAAAAUCAAUUAGUAGCUGAGUAAGUUGUCCAUUUCUUUGCUUUCUCUUACAUUAAAUGAAGAAUCGUGUUUCUUGUCAACGUGCAAGCUAUGUGAAUGUAAAUAUGUUUUAUGUACAGUAUCCAACAAGCUGUGUGUGGGUUCAUUUUGAGCCGUGGUAGAUGCUGCAACAGAGGGAGACCUCCCUAUCCUCCCCUGAAAUCUUAGUAGCGCUAACACACAAUCUCCACCUUCUUUGUCACGACGUGUAUGUAUAUGUUGUCAUGUCCCACGGAGGAUGUGUUGUAUCCUCAUCAGGAAGACGGUGGUCCUUCCUUUGCACUGUGCUGUAAAUUCUCUGCCUUUUCAUCGCAGGCGUCACCAUUCACUCACACUUCACGAUGGCCUAUGCAUGCUCUGUGGACUUAUGAACACUAUAAUGUAAAUAUAUAUAUAAGUACGGGUGGCAUAGCGGCCUUCUGGAACGUUUUAUUGCCAAAAAUAACACGAUUUGCUACCAGCAAAUGAGUGUUUUUGUUACUAGUAGGACAGGACUGCAUUAAUAAUCAGUAGUGAUUUGUGAGGUUUUUUUGUAGUAGUCAUACAGCUGUGACUCAAUAGCUCCCUCUGGUGUACGGGAGAAUUGUGUUCACUCUGCAUGUUUUAAAGGGAGAGUACCGCUCUUCAGUUGUGUUUAACACAAAAAAAAUGAGCAAAAAAAAAAAAAAAGGGAGUGACCUUGUGAGACGGACUGGAUGUAAAUAAACAAGCGCUUGCCAAAGUUUGUAAAUGCCACAA